UAUCUGCCAAGCAAGCGCCAGACCCUGCUAUUUUCGGCGACCUACGCGUCGAGCAUUAAGCAACUCGCCGACGAACUGCUUGAUAAACCGCGCCAUAUCGAAGUGGCACGCCGCAAUCUCGCUGCCGAUGCGGUGACCCAGGUGGUCUAUCCUGCCGAGCGCAAGCUUAAGCGGGAGAUGCUUUCGCAUCUGAUUAUCGAUGGCAAAUGGGAUCAAGUGCUGGUUUUUUGCCGCACCCGCUACGGCGCGGACAAGUUGACCGCCGAACUGCUCUAUGACGGGAUCAAGGCCGCAGCUAUCCACAGCAACAAGAGUCAGUCGAUCCGUACCCGGACCCUGGGUGAGUUUAAGCGCGGCGAACUGCGUGUGUUGGUGGCGACCGAUGUUGCGGCGCGUGGCCUCGAUAUUGAACAGUUGCCGCAUGUGGUGAAUUACGAAUUACCUCAGGUGCCCGAGGAUUAUGUGCACCGGAUCGGACGUACCGGGCGGGCUGGAGAGACCGGGAUCGCUAUC